AUGAUCAACGAUGCGAAUUUUCACCUCCUCCAGUUCUUGGACAAAAUGCCAGCACAGGUAGGCCUCUUAGGUCUUCAGAUGAUAUGGACCAGAGACGCUGAGCUGGCCCUGAUGCAGGCAAGACACGACAAAAAGGUGAUGCCAGACACCAAUAACAAGUUCCUGGAACUGCUCAAUACGCUCAUAGAUCAGACUACGAGAGACCUUACCAAGAUCGAGCGAACCAAAUUCGAAACCCUCAUCACGAUCCAUAACGAGUAUUUAGGCUGUACGGAUAGACUGGUGAUAACUCCAUUGACUGAUAGAUGUUACAUAACGCUUGCGCAGGCGCUAUCGAUGAGCAUGGGUGGCGCCCCCUGUGGCCCAGCGGGUACCGGCAAAACUGAAACAGUCAAAGAUAUGGGGAAAACUUUGGCCAAGUACGUGGUAGUGUUCAAUUGCUCUGAUCAGAUGGACUAUCGUGGUCUCGGACGAAUUUAUAAAGGUCUUGCACAAUCAGGAGCUUGGGGCUGUUUCGACGAGUUCAACCGCAUUGAAUUGCCAGUGUUGUCGGUCGCCGCUCAACAGGUGGCCGUAGUUUUGGCAAGCAAGAAAGAGAAGAAGAAAAGUUUUCAGUUCACCGAUGGCGACAUCAUCGAAAUCCUCGGCGCCGCCAAACGCGUCAACACCAAAGACACAGAGAGCACGAUAGUGAUGCGCGUGCUCCGUGACAUGAACCUCUCCAAGCUCAUCGACGAGGACGAGCCUCUCUUCAUGUCGCUGGUGGCCGAUCUCUUUCCCAACCAGGCGCUGGAGAAGACGGCUUAUCCGGAGCUGGAGGACGCUAUCGUAGCCCAGGUGGAGGAAGCGGGGCUGGUCAAUCAUCCCUCGUGGUCGCUCAAGUUGAUUCAGAUCAUCUUCGAACCUCACAACAUCGACAACGCAUCUCCAGCCACCGUAUCAAGAAACGGCAUGGUUUACAUGAGCUCCUCUGGUUUGACAUGGAGACCAGUAAUCAAGGCUUGGCUGAAGAGCAGGAGCCCUAGAGAGCAAGAGGUUUUCUACACUUUGUUCGACGAUUCCUUUCCAAAAAUGUACAGUUGGGGCACGCAGAAUCUGUCGUUAGUGAUAGAAAUACUGCAGUUGGAAGAGGAAAUUUCUGCGGCUAGAUCUGACGCGGGAGAUAUGGACGACGAUUUGGUCGAAGAAACUGAAAAAGUCGAAGAGAAACAGAUCCUUACUUCCGAACAUCUGGGCAAGCUGUACGUGUUCGCGUUAGUUUGGAGCAUGGGAGCCUAUCUAGAAACAGACGAUCGGCUCAAGUUCGAUCAGUACGUGAAAGAAUCUCUCGGGGUAUUGGAUCUUCCCGUCAACGACAGAAAGAAUCCGAAUGCAAUCUUCGACUAUGUCGUGAAUCCCGAAGGCGAGUGGGUGUUGUGGAGUUCCAUGGUUACCAACUACGUGUACCCUGAGACCGCCACCCCUGAGUUCGCCACUAUCCUCGUUCCCAUUUCGGACAACGUGCGAAUCAACUUCCUGAUCGACACUAUCGCCAAACAAGAGAAAGCAGUACUACUAAUCGGCGAACAAGGUACCGCCAAGACUGUCAUGAUGAAGUCCUACAUGAAGAAGGCGAAUGCAGAGUUCCAAAAGACCAUAGAAAGCUACGUCGAAAAGAGAAUGGGAAACACAUUCGGCCCCCCAAACGGCAAAAAGAUGAUAGUCUUCAUCGAUGACAUCAAUUUACCAGAGAUCAACUGUUGGGGAGACCAAAUCACCAAUGAAAUCGUGCGGCAGACCAUGGACAUGGGCGGCUUCUAUAGCCUGGAGAAACCCGGGGAAUUCAUCACGAUCAACGACGUCCAGUUUGUGGGGGCGAUGGGGCAACCAGGCGGCGGCAGGAACGACAUCCCUUCGAGACUAAAGAGACAGUUCUGCAUAUUCAAUUGCCCGCUACCGACGGACGUUUCCAUCGACAAAAUAUUCGGGGUGAUCGCCCAAGGCCAUUACAACGUCAAGAGAGGUUUCGCUUUAGAGGUGAGGAAUCUGAUCAAGAAGCUCAUCCCGUUGACCAGGGUGUUGUGGAAGAACACUAGAGCGCAGUUGCUGCCUACUCCGGCUAAGUUUCAUUACGUGUUUUCGCUGAGGGAUCUGUCGAGGAUAUGGCAAGGCAUGGUCGGCACUCUUUCUACGGUUAUUGAAUCGGAAGCGUGCAUGAUGGUGCUGUGGAAGCACGAAUGCAGCCGCGUGUUCUCCGAUAGGUUCACCAUCGAGGCGGACAAGGAAUGGUUCAACCAAGAACUCCUCGAUUUGGUAGAGGCGAAUUUGGGCAGAGAAGUCAGAGAAAAGACGGAGCCCAGUCCGGUAUUCGUAGACUUCAUGAGAGACGCCCCCGAGCCCACAGGCGAAGAAGGCGAAGACGCCGACAUGGAAUUACCGAAGGUGUACGAACCUGUUGCGGACGAAUCCGAACUGAGGGAGCGCCUGGACAUGUUCCUGGCACAGUUCAACGAGAUGGUGCGCGGAUCCGGCAUGGACCUGGUCUUCUUUCCCGACGCCAUGUUGCAUUUAGUCAAGAUAUCCAGGGUGAUCAGGCACCCCAGGGGAAACGUGAUGCUGGUUGGGGUGGGCGGAAGCGGGAAGCAGUCGCUCACCAAGCUGUCUUCGUUCAUUGCCGGCUACAAGACCUUCCAAAUCGCUCUGACGCGAUCGUAUAACAUCGCCAACUUCCUAGAAGAUCUCAAGGUUUUGUACCGAUCGUGUGGAUGUCAAGGAAAAGGUACCACGUUCAUCUUCACGGAUUUGGACAUCAAAGAGGAGGGCUUCCUCGAGUACCUCAACAACAUCCUCUCGUCAGGCGUCAUUUCCAAUCUGUUCACCAAGGACGACCAAGCCGAGAUCAUCCAAGAGCUGACGCCGAUCAUGAAGCGAGAGAACCCAAAGCGUACCCUCAACCAAGAGGUGAUCAUGGAGUACUUCAUGAACAGGAGUUGCCAGAACCUGCACGUCGUCUUCUGCUUCUCGCCAGUGGGUGAGAAGUUUCGCAACAGGGCGUUGCGAUUUCCGGCUCUGAUUUCCGGUUGCACCAUCGAUUGGUUCCAGCCGUGGCCCAAAGAUGCUUUGGUCGCAGUGGCCGAGCACUUUUUGACCGAUUUCCAGAUCGCCUGUACCGAACAGGUCAAACAGGAGCUGGUAUCUGCACUGGGCUCCAUCCAAGACGUGGUCUCCGAAACUUCCGUCGAAUACUUCCAGAGGUUCCGCAGAGCCACCCACGUGACUCCCAAGUCCUACCUGAACUUCAUCGCCGGCUACAAGAGCAUCUACAAGAACACACAGAAAGAGUUGAGCGACGGUGUGCUCAGGAUGGACACGGGGUUAGAGAAGCUGGCCGAAGCCUCUUCGUCCGUUCUUAUUCUGAAGAAAGAGUUGGCCUUGAUGGAGAAGGAAUUGGCGGAGGCGUCAGAGAGAGCCGAAAGGGUGUUGACUGAGGUGACGGAAAGGGCCAUGCAGGCGGAGAUAGUGAAGAACCAAGUCCAGAAGGUGAAAGAGAAAGCCGAAAUACUGGUGACGAGCAUCGCCGCGGAGAAGGCCAAAGCUGAGGAGAAGUUGGAAGCAGCAAAGCCGGCCCUGGAAGAAGCAGAAGCGGCCCUCAACACAAUCAAGCCUGCGCACAUCGCCACCGUCAGGAAGCUAGGCCGGCCGCCGCAUCUGAUCAUGCGCAUCAUGGACUGCGUGCUGAUUCUGUUCCAGCGGCGGCUGCAGCAGCCGGUUCCUGACCCAGCGACCGCUUGUCCCAAGCCGUCGUGGGCCGAAUCACUCAAGAUGAUGGCUUCCACAACUUUCCUGCUCCAAUUGCAAAACUACCCGAAGGACAUCAUCAACAACGAGAUGGUGGAACUGCUGGCUCCCUACUUCGAAAUGGAGGACUACAACAUGGACACGGCCAAGCGAGUGUGCGGAGAUGUAGCAGGUCUGUUGUCGUGGACCAAAGCGAUGGCUUUCUUCCACAGCGUCAACAGAGAAGUGCUGCCACUAAAAGCGAAUCUGACGAUGCAGGAGGCCCGAUUGAAGGUGGCGAUGGAAGAUUUAGCAGCAGCCGAGCAACAGCUCGAGGACCGCGAGCAAUCCUUGAGAGAGGUGAAGGAGCAGUACGACUCGGCGGUGACGGAGAAGCGUCGUCUGACAGAGGCGGCGAAUUCGUGCCUGAGGAAAAUGAAUACAGCCACCGCUCUCAUCAACGGAUUGGGCGGAGAGAAGGUCAGGUGGACGCAGCAGAGCAAGGAGUUCAAGGAACAAUUGGGUCGACUUGUCGGUGAUGUUCUUCUGGCUACAGGCUUCCUAUCUUACUGCGGUCCUUAUAACCAGGAAUUCCGCGCCAACCUGGUCAAAACCUGGAUGGACAUACUACUCUCUCGUUCCAUCCCCUACACCGUCAACCUCAAUAUCAUCAGCAUGCUAGUGGAAAACGCCGUAGUAUCAGAAUGGACACUACAGGGCUUGCCCAACGACGAACUCUCUGUCCAAAACGCCCUCAUCGUCACCAAGUCAAGGUCGUAUCCCCUGCUGAUCGAUCCUCAGGCCCAAGGCAAGAUGUGGAUCAAAAACAAAGAGGCCAACAACAACUUGCAGAUCACCUCGCUGAACCACAAGUACUUUCGCACUCACCUCGAGGACUGCCUGUCCCUGGGCAGACCUUUACUCAUCGAGGACAUCGACGUCGACCUGGACCCGGUCCUGGACAACGUCCUCGAGAAGAACUUCAUCAAGUCGGGGUCCAUCGAGAAGGUGAUAGUGGGCGACAAGGAAUGCGACGUCAUGAAGAACUUCAUGCUUUACAUCACGACGAAGCUGCCCAAUCCGCCUUACUCGCCUGAGAUCAGCGCCAAAACUUCUAUCAUCGACUUUACGAUCAUGGAGAAAGCUAUCAACAUCGAGCUCAUGGAAUACCUGGAACAUUCAGGUAUUAUCAACGAUAGGCAAUAUGGCUUUCGUCAUCAGAGAUCAACUGGUGACCUGCUCGUUUACGUCUCACAUAUAUGGCAACAAUCUAUUGAAUAA